CAUGGCGGAUGAUUUGAAGAGAUUCCUCUACAAAAAGUUACCAAGUGUUGAAGGUCUUCAUGCCAUUGUAGUCUCAGACAGGGAUGGAGUGCCUGUUAUCAAAGUGGCAAAUGAUAAUGCUCCAAAGCAUGCAUUGAGACCUGGUUUCCUGUCUACUUUUGCACUUGCAACAGACCAGGGCAGCAAACUUGGACUUUUGAAAAACAAAAGUAUCAUUUGCUACUACAACACAUACCAAGUAGUGCAAUUCAAUCGGUUAGCAUUGGUGGUGAGUUUCAUAGCAAGCAGCAGUGCAAAUACUGGACUGAUUGUCAGCCUAGAAAAGGAACUUGCUCCAUUAUUUGAAGAAUUGAGAUAGGUCGUGGAAGGUUCUUAACCUGACUGUGGCCUGACU